GCCUCAGUAUCGCACCGCCCGUCCGCCAGCGCGUACUUCCGCGCGCUCCUUCGCGACUAUCUCUACUACCGACUGACUGUGAGUGAGUGCGCGUGCAGUGAGUGCAAUGUGCUCGGCCGCAUGAGGAUCCUGCUAAGCGAACUAGGACUGUCUGGCGCGUGCCUCGGUCUGACCCUGGAGUCGCGCGCCGAUUCUCUGGAUCCUGACAAGCCAGCGCCAGGUCAGCGCCCGCACGACGAUACGCGUCCUUCCAUUUCUGUGUUUAUUUUCGCUUUCGUUGUGUAGAGCCUCUGGGUGCAUAGACUUUGUGUGGAACUGUCGUGACGAUGGCCAUCGGCUAGAAUGCGAGGUGCGUUGCUGACGCCCUCCAGCCAACACUGUGGCCUUAGACAAUUCCUUAACACACGGCCGAGCGCCAUUGAGCCGCGCUCGCCAAGCGCUUUCACGUCAAACUCCUCCAGCAUGCUACUGCUGCAAACACACAGCAACUACGGUUCGUCCUUAACUGAUUUACUGUCACCGCAAUAUCAAGAAGACUCUUCUGAAAUUUUAGAAGAAAACUUAGACCCAUUUCCCGACGUCGAAUUUCAUGCACCUAUUCCACCAGAAGUUAAAUCUCAACGAACAACUCCAGUGAGUGAAACUCCGUCACCUACGCUCGGACCAGCAUUACCCAGUUUUGAAGAAACGUAUUCAGUUCGCUAUCCGAAACAAGAAAUGGCGGAAUUUGGAUUAAAAAUGGAUGAAGACUGCUACAAUGUUAGCGCAUAUUCCCAUCAAGGGCAUGCGUCAACUCAGUUGCUAUAUCAAUAUCAUCAACCACCUUUACCGUAUGUGCCAUCACCUUACUACGCACAGGCCCAGCCGUGCUCUCCAACAUUUGAUACUGGCGGAGUUACGAAUACUCAAGAUUCUUAUUCAUUGCCACCUUUUCCAAGCUCGGUGGAUUUGCACAUUACCAAUGACCAAAAUAGGCAACGAAGGUCAUCGUUACCAGUUCAAAGAUCAGAAUCUAGUAGUUCUAACGAAAGUCCUAAGCUACAUGGCAGCAGAGUUCACUGUAUGCAGGCUUCAGCACCAAGCUCUGCGUCUAGUUCACCUGGCGGACAGCCACAAGAGAAUACUGCGUCACGAGCUGCGCCACCAUCACCAAGUCAGCUUUGUGCCGUUUGUGGAGAUACGGCUGCAUGUCAACAUUACGGCGUAAGAACUUGUGAAGGAUGUAAAGGAUUUUUUAAAAGAACUGUACAAAAGGGUUCUAAGUAUGUUUGCUUAGCUGAAAAAUCUUGUCCAGUUGAUAAAAGAAGAAGAAACCGAUGUCAAUUCUGCAGAUUUCAAAAGUGUCUUGCUGUGGGUAUGGUUAAAGAAGUAGUCAGAACUGAUUCAUUAAAAGGAAGACGAGGUAGAUUGCCAUCUAAGCCGAAAUGCCCACAGGAAUCCCCUCCAAGUCCGCCAAUUUCUUUAAUAACUGCCCUAGUCAGAGCCCAUGUUGAUACGUCCCCUGAUUUUGCCAAUCUUGAUUAUUCGCAAUAUAGGGAACCAAAUCCUAUGGAACCACCUAUUUCAGAUUUGGAAGUAAUUCAGCAAUUUUAUUCGAUACUGACAACGUCAAUUGAUAUGAUUAAAGUUUUUGCUGAGAAAGUACCUGGAUAUGGCGAUCUAUGUCCUGAGGACCGCGAACAGUUAUUUGCUUCGGCACGACUUGAGUUAUUUGUGUUACGCCUUGCAUACCGCACUCGUCCUGAAGACACGAAGCUAACUUUCUGCAAUGGACUGGUUCUUGAUAAAAGACAAUGUCAAAGAUCUUUUGGAGACUGGUUGCACGCUGUGCUUGAUUUUAGUAACACCCUGCAUUCGAUGGAUAUCGAUAUCUCUACCUUCGCCUGUCUGUGUGCACUAACUCUAAUAACAGAGAGACAUGGCUUAAAGGAGCCUCAUCGGGUUGAGCAGCUUCAGAUGAAGAUAAUCGGAUGUCUGCGUGCUCAUAUGCCAGGCGGUGGAAACACGAACGCAGCCGGCGCCCCACACUUCAGUCGUGUUCUUGGAGCUCUGCCCGAGUUACGAUCACUUUCCGUACAAGGUCUUCAGCGCAUCUUUUAUCUGAAGUUAGAGGAUUUAGUGCCCGCGCCGCCACUUAUUGAGAAUAUGUUCCGCGCCAGCCUACCUUUCUAGGCGCCUAGCACGCUUUCCCUGCAAUGACAUCCUGAGGACCACUCCCGCCUUCUACGCAUUCUCUUCUAGAGCCGACUCCAUUAUUUUUAUAAGUGUUUACUUAGAUUAAAAAUAUUUUUCUAGAGACUAGUAGAACUCUACAGGACACGAUCUCCACGGAAUCGGUUUAUGCUUGUUGUAUGAAAUUAUGAAUAACAUUAUUAAUUAAUUUUAAGUAAGAAAAAUAAUCUUACCGCGUAAGUCCUAAUAUAUUGGGCACUUAUAGUUAAGCUUAAUUUAUUAUAAAUGUAUAUUUGUGUGUGAUUCCGUUUUAUCUUAUAAAGGUAUCUAUUUAGUAGUCUGCAUUUAAGUUACCGUUCGUAAUCAAUGGCAUCUCGUCGUACAAAUAUUCCUACGUUAUUUACUUGUGUAUUAUUAAAUAAGAAAAAUCUAGUCACAAGACUUACAAAUGUUAAAAAUUUGGCUCGUAAACACCGAAUUUUAUAGAAAAUUUAUGAAUAAUUAAGGUAUUUGUUGAUAUCUAAAUAAGUGUGGUGUGAAUGAAAGAAAUGAGGAUUUGAAAGUCUCGCUGACCGCGCUCGGCGCUCCCGCUCCGUGCGUAUAUUACGCGAAGGGUAGUGUCGAACCAGACCGCAGAUGGCAGUUACCUUUUAGGUUUAAAUUAUUUUAUAACUAUUUCAUAGAAUGUUAAUGUGAAUUGUUAAAAUAAAAAUAUACAUAUAAAGUAAGAGAAAAAGUUCAGCAUUUCUAUUAUAGACUCUCAACUCCAACGUGUCUUAAAGAGUACCUUCUUAGAUAUGUAGCUUAUAAAUUCCCUGGUGUAAUUGACACUUUUAAAAGUAAAACUGUAGAGUUAGUUACCCUAAACAUAUCAAUGUACUUAUUUAGAAUGCUACUAGAGUGUGCACGUAGGUAAUUUAAACUGUUUUUUUUUUGUUAAAAAGUAUGUUUAUACUGUCUCUGUACGCAUAAAUACUAAUUCGCCCAAUAAUAUGCUCCAAAUACUAUGUUUUUAUUUAAAGAAAAUUUAGAACAUUGAUAAAAUCCUAUAUAUUACUACAGCUUCAGAAUAUAUAUUUAUUUACAAAAUUAAAUUUAAUGUUAUAACAAAGUUAUACGUUAUCAUUUAAAGAAACUAAAAUAAAGACAUUAUAAAUAAAUAAAAGAUUCAAAAUUAUUAUAAACAUUUUGUACGAAAGGGAAUAGUAAGUCGUAGGUUUACGUUGUUAGGAUAACAAAGAAUGCGUGAUAAUUUUAUACUAUAUAAUUUUGUACUUAUAUAUAUAUAUCUUGUAAACAAUGCUGAACUUUUUGCUCGAAAAUCAAUGCUCUUUAUAUGUAUUAGUUAAUUUUAUAGAUUUAUAAGAAUAAUUAACUUUUUUUUUCUUUCGUAAAAUAUUGUGGCGCCAUUACUGUUUAACACAUCAUAAUCAAACUGUAUGAAUCAGAUGCCUACCUACUUAUAUUAAAGAAGUACAUAAUAUAUAUAAAUUUAUAACAGUUGUUCAAAUUUUCUAUAUGAAAACUUGUCACACAAUUUUUCCUAGCUGUCGCGAAAAACUUGGUUGUGCUUUCAUAUCAUUACAAAACAUAUACAAAACUAGCAAUAAGUAUUUAUAUGGUGCAUAUCAUACAAAAAUAAUACUAUAAGAUAUAAAAUACAGAUUAUAUAAAACUUUAUAAAUUUUUGAAAUACAUUCCGAAAGUCAUUUAUUAUUUUAUUUAGAUUCAUGGAAUAAAUAUGAAAUUGUUGUUUCACUAAUAUUUUUAAAAGUAAAUUAUAAAAAGGUAAUAACUAAUUGUUCAUUUACAUUCACAUCAUAAAGUAGGUAAGCUCUGAAUUAACAAAGUAAUUAUUAAUUUCGAAAUAAACAUAGAUCAUUUAGUCUUACAUUUCUAAAUAUUGUAAGCGUUCAAUAAACUUCCGAUUUCAAUUGCAUUUCUUUUGUCUCGAUAUAAAUUGAUGUGCUUUUGUUAUAUGUUAUACUUUUUCUUUGUAAAUAUUUCGUCACAAUUAUAUUAACGCGUAAGCGUUAUUUAAAA